ACCCACUCCGCAAGCCCUGCGGAGGACGCCAAGAAAAAACGAUCGCUCUUUUGUUUGCUUCCCCUCUCCCUCUCUCGCCUCCUGUCCCCUGCGAGCUCCGAUCCCGCCACCGAUGGCAGCCAAGAUUUACGUUGUGUACUAUUCCAUGUAUGGGCAUGUUGCAAAGCUAGCAGAAGAAAUAAAAAAAGGUGCCUCAUCCAUUGAAGGAGUUGAAGUGAAGCUUUGGCAGGUUCCUGAGACUCUUCCUGAAGAAGUUCUUGGCAAGAUGGGAGCACCUCCCAAGACUGAUGCACCAAUUAUUACACCAGAUGAUCUUGCGGAGGCAGAUGGGAUUCUCUUUGGCUUCCCAACAAGAUUUGGUAUGAUGGCAGCACAGUUCAAAGCUUUCCUUGAUGCAACUGGAGGUCUCUGGAGGACACAGGCUCUAGCUGGUAAACCUGCAGGAAUCUUCUAUAGCACUGGAUCCCAAGGCGGUGGUCAAGAGACUACUCCUUUGACAGCCAUAACUCAGCUGGUUCAUCAUGGAAUGAUCUUUGUCCCAAUUGGCUACACCUUCGGUGCAGGAAUGUUUGAGAUGGAGAAAGUGAAGGGUGGCAGCCCAUAUGGUGCAGGCACAUAUGCUGGAGAUGGUUCAAGGUUCCCAUCUGAGCUUGAGAUGCAGCAGGCUUUCCACCAAGGCAAGUACUUUGCCGGCAUUGCCAAGAAGUUCAAGAGUUCCUCCUGAUCAUCUUGCAUCUCCUCCAUAUAGAAUAACUGUCAUUGGUCUGAUGAAUAAUGAAUCGGCAUUUGUUGACUUUUCUAUGGCAUUGAGCCUCCUUUAUGUAUUCUCUGGUACAACAGUGUUUUAUGAACAUGUCAUAUAUAUGAUUGCAUACCUUGGUGUUAUAUGUUGC